AUGGAGGAGGUGCUCAGGAAGCAGAAGUACACAGAGAACGAGGCCAAGGCCAGAUUCAGUCUGGAGGCAUCACGACUCACUGCACAGAACAUGGACUUUGAGGAGCAGCUCGACAUGAAGGACAGGUUGAUAAGGAAGCUACGAAACCAAAUCAAGAGCCUUCAAACAUCCGAGGAAGGGGUUAACAUGAUCCCCAACAUGGCUGCCCAGUUUCUCUUCAUAUGUGUCCAUUAAACUGCCUCAUGUUUGUAACUGACCUCUACUCUCCUGUCAGACCUGAAGCCCAGAGGGGUUAACAUGAUCCCCGGCAUGGCUGCUCAGCUUCUCUUCAUGUGUGUCCGUCACGCUGACUACCUUAACGAUGGAGCCAAGCUCAAGUCUCUCAUGAACGCCAUCAUCAGUGGGGUUAAAAAGGUCAUCACGGAUCACCAAGAAGACUUUGAGUUGCUAUCGUUCUGGCUGUCCAACACGUAUCACAUUCUCAGCUGCCUGAAGCAGUACAGUGGAGAAGAGGAGUUUAUGAAACAGAACUCUCCGCGUCAGAAGAAGAACUGCUUACAGAACUUUGACUUGUCUGAACACAGACAGAUCUUCAGUGAUCUGGCCAUCCGUAUCUACCACCAAUUUAUAUCUGUUAUGGAGAAGACUCUUAUGCCCAUGAUCGUUCCCUGUAUGCUGGAGCACGAGAGUCUCCAGGACAUUUCUAGUAUGAAGCCUACAGGUUUCCGUAAGCGUUCCAGCAGCAUCUAUGAGGACCAGGAGGUCUGCACCAUCUACUCUCUCCUCCAGCAACCCAGUCUAUACCACAGCACUAUGAGUCAGCACGGCAUGGAUAUCUGUGUUGUCCAACAGGCUGUGAAACAGACCUUCUUCCUGGUGGGUGCGGACACACUCAACAACAUCCUGCUACGCAAAGACAUGUGCUCCUGUAGGAAGGGCAUGCAGAUCAGGUGUAACAUAAGUCACCUGGAGGCGUGGCUAAAGGAGAAGGACCUAGUGCAGGGUACCAUGGCUACUCUGAAGCCUCUGUCUCAGGCUGCCUGGCUGCUGCAGGUCAACAAGACCACUGAUGACGACAUCAAAGACAUCACAGAGCAAUGCUCAGAACUCAGCCCUGUACAGAUUGUCAAGAUUUUGAACUCUUACACGCCCACUGAUGAUUUUGAGAAAAGGGUGGCACCGUCAUUCGUCCGCAAAAUUCAGGAAAAUCUCGAUCCUAUGACAAGGAUCAGGAGCACCUGCCUUUUACACAACCGUGAGGGGGGAUCCUCCCAGCUGAUGCUGGAUACCCAGUAUCGUUUCCAAGUCACCUUCCCCUUCACCCCGUCCUCUCAGGCCCUGGAGCUACUGGAGAUACCAUCCAGCCUCAGACUGGGCUUCCUCACCAGGAUCUAACCCCUGACCUCUGACCCCUUCACCCUGUCCUCUCAGGCCCUGGAGCUACUGCAGAUACCAUCCAGCCUCAGACUGGGUUUCCUCACCAGGAUCGAACCUCUAACCCCUGACCUCUGACCCAUUCACCCUGUGAAUCUCAGGCCCUGAAGCUACUGCAGAUACCAUCCA